GAACAUCUUUUGGUGUAGAUAGAAUACAUCAGGUGUAAGUCUUUGGUUGAAGCGAUCAAGCUUACAAGACCAAAGUGCGAUGCUGGAGUCUCUGGCGCGCACGCGGUUGCUGUACGGGGCGGUGGCCAUGUCGGCUGGCGUGUUUGUGUUCUCGUUCCUUCAGGAGCGUGAGGAGAUGGGGGAGCAGGAACUUGAGUCAGGGGAGCGUCCUGUGAGCACUGAGCUCUUCUUUCAGGCCAUGGAGAACAUGCCGCAGUUAUCUGCCCAGCAGAGGCUGGAAAUGCGGCGAUUCUGGCGUAAUUUGACCAACAGGAAGCUACAGAAACGACUAAGUAUCGGUAGCAGCGACUUAAUGGACGUAGAUCAGGAAAACAACACGGAACUGGUGGUCAGGGACGUACAGCUCUUCGCACAGGAGUACAAGCGCGUGUUCCCGGACAUUUUCCCGGAACAGCAAGUGCUAGACGCAGCGGAGAAAGCAGCGAAUGCAGCCGAUCAGCAGCCUACAGCGUGGAGCGACAUCGUGGGCAGUACGAGCACGAUGAUCAUGUCCACUGGAAAGAGAUUGAACCAUAUCGCAAAAGAUACGAAAGACGAAGUGCAAUUGGCCAUGCACCGCACAGUGAGGAAAGUGCUGGAGAGGGCGUUGGAUAUCGUAGCCGCGAGGUUGAAGCAUACACUGAAGGACCCAGAUAUGCCGAGCUAUCUGAAGACGAAUAUUGACAUUGGUAUUGAGCAAUUUAUGCCGGACGUCAAGAUGGAGAUUUUUAGGAAGACACGGGAGCUUUUCGGGCAAAAUUCAACAACAGCUGAGGAAAAAGCGGUUAAGGCGAAGAAAAGUGAAGAUGGCAGUGUACCACUAAGCGGAAGUGAAGGAGUUGGUGUCGCAGUCACGAACCGAAGAUUUGGUCUUUAUCGUCGUGUUCGCGGACAUAUUCUGCAUCAUUUGUUCCCUCAUGACAAGACGAUCUGGAGAUCAUUCAAGGACCCAUGGUGGAUCGCGUAUACGAGUGUGGGUAUUUUGCCCGUGGUGGGCCAGUUGUGGUGGAUCUUCCUGUUUAUCAUCAAGGACAAGACGAACGAGCAUCAGUUGUGUCAGUUCAUUGUGGGAUUCAAAGCUGCACAGUUUAUUACGCUUGGUAUCAUGCACAUGAUGCUUGGGGUCUUUAUGUACGUGAAAUGUGUGGUGCAAGGCUCCAUGCUGGCUUGUCAAAGUGGAAGUGGCCCUGCUCUGAGUGAAGGAACGGUAUGCUUCUUCGUACUUCAGAUUAUUCUGGUUUGGGCAGCGUUCUUCCGUUUGCCGUAUACUGUACGUCCUCAAGAAGUUGGGCUAUACCGGACAAAGUCCAUGGAGAUGCGGGAACGUCGUGUGUUUCACGAUGCCUUUGGCAACGAAGUGCAUCUGGAUCGUGGAGGCUACCUUAUGAAGUUUUGCGGGUACGAAACGGUAUCUUUCAUCAUCAUUAUGGCCCUCGCUGGUCUUGUGCUCUGGCUGCCAUUCGAAUCAUGGCAACGCCAAGCGUUGUUUUACUGGAUUCGAACUGCCUAUGGACUCUUCUCGCUCCCGUUUCUGGUGUUUAAGAUUCCUGUACUGGCGAAUGUUCUGAUGCACACUCGACAAAUGGGCUACAAUGAACAGGGUGAUACAGUCAGAUUCGUCAAGAAGCGACUUGAGUGAUCAGGUGGACAAAUAUGAACGUAUUUCUGGAUUAAUAAACGCGUCUGGUAACGAAGAUACAGACGAAAUGUCCCAAUGCAUUUCAUGAAUACUACGGUAGAUGUUUUACGCGAGCUCAUCGACGUCGGAUGACGUCGCUGGGCCUUGCCGUGCAUUGAGCGAGUCAUCUUUGAGUCGGUUAUUGCGGAGCAAAGCGUGCGUAGCACUAGCCAGUGACCUAAAAAUGCAGCAACAAUGUUAGUGACGGCAAGGAACCAAUUGUAGGGCUGCAAACUAUAACGUACGAGACAGAGAGCGCGAAGAUGACGGUAGGCAGCACGAAGAAGAGCAGAAACACCAUCGUCGCUGCAGAAGAUGCAACAUCAAAUCUAUCAGUAUUAAACUCACCACCGGAACCUUCGUACAUCAAACCCACAUCCUGUUGCUGCAAGCAGAAUAUCUUGCUCGCUGAGUCGUCGACCCAAGACUUCAAACCUGUCGGUCGGGAUCUCCUUCUUAGUGAGAAAUAUGUGCCAUCCGUAGCCCACAAUGAUGCACACCAGCAGCUGAACCGGGUGGAAGAACAACCUGCAACAAAUAACAAGUCAGCUUCCCAAUUGGAAUUGCAAUUAUUCAAUGACAAAACCCACAACAAGAAGGCGAAGACGCCGACCAUGAGCAGCAGAUAGUUGGUCAAGAAAUAGUUGGCGUUUGUCUUCAUACGCGCGAGCAUUCGGUGCUGCGGCGGCAGAUUGAACGGCUCCGUCUCGCCGAUCCCAGUGCAGCUGACGAGCGAGCGCAGCGAUGCGAUGGUCACGCGCUGCUGCAGCGUGUCGAGAAUAACGUGGCCAAGGUCCCGUUGGCUCAUAUCACGACUGCCGGCGUUCAGGUCCACAACGUCGAGCUUGCGCACUCGUGGAGAUGACGGCGGCGACAUGUGCGCGUGGAUGGAGCUGCUGUUGAGCAUUGGGGGCAUUGCAACGGACUCGACAGACGGAAAAGAAGUGCUUGAUGAGGGAUGAGCGAGUGAUGAAGCGCUAGGAGCCGAGCAGGCCAGCAGGUCCGCGGUGAUUGCUCCCGGUCCGCCAUGUAGCGUCUCUGCAUGGAGGGCAUGCUACAUUACCCGAAGAAGUCGAUAUUUCAUCGAAUUGAACAGGUUAUUGUAGCGAACGGACCAAUGGGAGACGAGAGAAGGUCUCUUUAUUGCGAUACAAUGUAACGACAAUUUUUAGGAGUUCAACAGCUGUCGCGCGACUUACUCGGAGGAUCGGUUCGGACUGGAAGCGAUUUGUCUUGGCCCUCUUCCCUCGCUCUCUGCGUCAAGCAAAUGCCUGGCGUAGUGCUUGCAGUGCAUGACCC